CUUGGAGUGGCAUGCACUGAGGCCAUUGGCAGCUGACGCCCUGGCCUGGAGAAUCUCUUCAGAUUUUGCUUCAUAAAUUUUUUCUCACCAUGGCCGACGGCAAGGCCAAGCCUGCCAAAGCCGCCAACCGGACCCCCCCAAAGUCACCAGGGGACCCCGCAAAGGACAGGGCAGCCAAGAGGCUGUCGCAGGAGUCUGAGGGUGCCAGUGAGGGGGCAGCCGCGGCCUCGGAGCUCAGCGCCCUGGAAGAGGCCUUCCGGCGCUUCGCGGUACACGGAGACACGCGUGCCACGGGCCGGGAGAUGCACGGCAAGAACUGGUCGAAGCUGUGCCGGGAUUGCCAUGUGAUUGACGGGAAGAGCGUGACUGUCACUGACGUGGAUAUUGUCUUCAGCAAGAUCAAGGGGAAGUCCUGCCGCACUAUCACCUUCGAGCAGUUCCAGGAGGCUCUGGAGGAGCUGGCUACAAAGCGCUUCAAGGAUAAGAGCAAAGAGGAGGCUGUGCAAGAGGUGCACCGGCUCAUCGAGGGCCGGUCACCAGUCAUCUCGGGGGUCACAAAAGCCGUGUCCUCACCCACCGUGUCGCGGCUCACAGACACAACCAAGUUCACAGGCUCUCACAAGGAGCGCUUUGACCCAUCGGGCAAGGGCAAGGGCAAAGCUGGCCGCGUGGACCUGGUGGAUGAAUCAGGCUAUGUGCCUGGCUACAAGCACGCAGGCACCUAUGACCAGAAGGUGCAGGGGGCCAAGUAGCCCGCGCCGAUGCUGUGGACACUGCAGGUGCCAGCCGGAAACUCACACCCAUCACACUUCAUUACAUUCCUGUGCUCACCAGGCCGAACUCAGAGGAAGCUGAGGCCGGGCUACUGGGGACUGCUACACCCAGGCCUCUUACUGGAGCACCCGACAUUUCUCUCAGACCUGACCCUUCCUUAUGUGCCUGCAGUUUUCAAACUGUUCCCCAGGAUCUCAUCACACUGGCCACCUGGCUUGCAGAUGAAAGGGGUUGUGGGAGCUGGCCGAGUGUGGGACGAGUGGCAAAGCCUGCUGGAGGCCACGCUGACCCCAGCAGGCAGAUGCUGUCCAGGAGCCUCCGGGGCAGCAGGAGCGGAUGAACUAACCAACAGCACAGACCGGACUGGGCCCAGGUGGUGCCACAGGGCCCUUUGUGCUUUCUGAGCAGAGGGCCCAGCUAGCUCUCCUGGUGGCCACGGGCAGCAAACCACACAGGCACAUGCUGAGGGACAAGGGAAGCCUCCUAGGUUGACCAGUGCAGUGUUCUGUUUGCUAUUCUGAGAAGUGACAAGAAAUGGUAACUGUAUGCCUGUUCUCAGAGCUGUCAGGGAGAUUCAGAAUUUCUAGCUGUCAUGACUUCCUUACUUGUCCCCAUGUCCCUUGGGGAAACAUGAUGUGGAGUCACUUGGUGCAGGGUGGGCAGAACUGCUCUUUUGAGAUUGUGUACAGCUGCCUACUGAGCUCAUGGGUCUCCCUCAGGCAGUGCCUGGGUCCUCUGGAAGUCAAAGUCCCU